AUGGAUAAUUUUCUCACAGAAAUUCUUCUCGAUAACAUGAAGUUUCAAUCGUCGAACAUUGUAGAAUAUGAAGAUUGUGAAAGUGAAAUGGAAGAUUUAAAACAAAUUAUUUUCGAUAAAUUAAACGUAUCUAUCAGUGAUCAUGGACGUAAUCAAUAUCUCGUUACAAGAACACCGUCGCGUAAUUUGCAUACAACAACAACAAAUCAAAUUGUCCGUUGUUAUGUAAUAUCAAAGUCAUGUAUUAAUGAUUAUUUUCUUGAUGACGGAUGCCAAAUAUCCAUCGUAACACCAUAUAUCGAUACUAAAUUACUUCAAGAGGAAACUAGUGUUCAUUCGGAUGAAAACUCGAAUCAACAUCAAAUCCAGCUGUAA